UCUUUUAUUUUAUUUUCUUCUCUUGUUUUAAUGUCACUGGCAUUGGGUGCGGCCGAUGGCGAUCGCUUAGGAUUGUGUUGUUUAAGUAAAUAUUUAUGCGUUUGGUACCAGCUCGCUUAGUAGUUGGCCAACUGUUUAGAUCGUGUCACGGUCAGCUAAUGUGACAUCAUUUCCAUGUAAAAAGGCUACAAUCAAAGAAAACCUCCAACUGAAAAUCGUGCUCAUGGCAACACCAUAUCGCGCUCCAUUAAUAACAUGUGCAGCAUGGGGCACCUUAUUGUGGAAAAGUCAAUUGCUGGGGCGCCGACGCCACUGGACAAGGUCAAGUGUGUAGGUGACUGGAGAGAUGAGGCGAUGCUCCAUAUUGUAUAGUAAAGAACCUGAUCGAAUUCGGAACCCAUUAGCAUGCUUUUCAGGCUUUAAACGUGGGCGUGUGCCGGCCAUAAGCGUCUCACGUAGCGCACUAAUGAAUCAUGAUGCCUCGAUUUUUGUUUUAGUCUCAGCUUUUUCGAUCGUUCCCUCAGAUAUCGUUUUCUCAGAUACAAAUACAAAUACAGAUACGUUUUUGCGGUUGCACAGUGGUGCACUGAGCGGGGGGUCGGGGGUGUUCUCAGCCCAGCUGUGAGAAGCAACUUAAUUAGAAGAUUGACUUUCGUUGAUAAAUUCUAUUGACAUCAUUGUUGGGGAAUUCGGGGUAUUUCAGAUCCCAAAGUCCCCCUUUUUGGGGCGCCCCUGAACAGCCACAAACUGGUUUUCCGUAUCGCUAUAUUUAUACCAAGAUGAACCGAAAGAGCGCAAAAAUGCAAACCUCUGGAACUUCACUUUUGUUUUUUAGAACGCGAACGAUCGCUGACGUUUGUAAACAACAGCGUGUGGAACUUUUGGAGGGCAAAAGUAUCUGCGAAGCACGCCGGGUGACCGGCGGAGGCAGCGGCCUGGGUCGCGAGAUCUGUUUGGAGCUGGCUCGUCGUGGCUGCAAGUUGGCCGUCGUGGAUGUCAACUCCAAGGGCUGUUACGAAACGGUGGAGCUGCUCUCGAAGAUCCCGAGGUGCGUGGCCAAGGCCUACAAGAACGAUGUCUCCUCGCCGCGCGAACUGCAGCUGAUGGCCGCCAAGGUGGAGAAGGAACUGGGCCCAGUGGACAUUCUGGUCAACAAUGCCUCCCUCAUGCCCAUGACCUCCACGCCCACCCUCAAGAGCGAUGAAAUCGACACGAUUCUGCAGCUCAAUCUGGGUUCCUACAUUAUGACCACCAAGGAGUUUCUGCCGAAAAUGAUAACCCGCAAGACUGGUCACCUGGUGGCAGUAAAUGCCCUGGCGGGUCUGGUUCCUCUGCCGGGAGCGGGUAUCUACACGGCCACCAAAUACGGAAUCGAGGGCUUCAUGGAGUCGCUGCGGGCCGAACUGAGGUUGUCCGACUGCGACUACGUUCGCACCACAGUGGCCAAUGCCUAUCUGAUGCGAACCAGCGGGGAUCUGCCACUCCUCAGCGAUGCGGGCAUUGCGAAAAGCUAUCCCGGACUGCCCACGCCAUAUGUGGCGGAGAAGAUUGUCAAGGGCGUGCUGCUGAACGAGCGCAUGGUGUACGUGCCAAAAAUAUUCGCACUCAGUGUGUGGCUGCUCAGAUUGCUGCCCACCAAGUGGCAGGAUUACAUGCUGUUGCGAUUCUACCACUUCGAUGUGCGCAGUUCGCACCUGUUCUACUGGAAGUAGAAGGAGCAACGUCCCAUCCCAGAAGCAUUUACGCGAGGAGCGCUUGUUUGUUUCCCAAUUGCAGUUCUUAAUUAAACUGUUGCCUACGCUAGGAGUACACGUUUAGCUAUUUAUACGAAUAUUUAACUUAAAUUAAAUCUAUAUCCUAACAUUA